CCAUUUUGAGACCAGACGAGCACGGGAGAGACCAUAUUGAGAACUCUGGAGGCCUGGGGCCGCCAUUUUAAGAAUGGGGGCUGGCUGAGAAGCCCUGUACGGACAACGCAGUGACGUGGGGCCGCCAUAUUGGAGCCGUCCCUUGGCGGCGGCCAUCUUGGGCAGGACCCGCCGUGGGCGCGGCCAUCUUAGAAGUGAAACCGGCCCCUUCGCAGGAACUGGAGUCGAGCUCCUCCCCUCCGUUACUGGGUUCCUCCUGUCUGCGACUCCCCUCCGGGAUCCCUCCCUACCUCCAACUUGUUCGAACGCUAACACAGGAGCUGUCCUCUGAGACUCUGGAUGACUUUAUUCUUCAAAUGGCUUUACCCUUCCCAUAGCUCCAGACCGCUCCUUAAGACAGUCUUCUCUUCCCUCAUCGGCCACAGAGGCCUGAGGACAGCCCUUCUUACAGAGCCGGAGACUCCUCCCCUGAUCUCAGGGAGUCAAGGAAAGAAAGCAUCUUUUAUCCUGAGGGACCCGUCAUUCCCCAUACCCAGGAAAAUGUGAUGCGCCACAGGUAUCAGCUGCUAGAUCACCACUUCAUGUUCUAGCCACAAGUGACUCGACGGAAGAUCCAGGGGCAGCGAGGUACGUCAAGAAGAUGUCUAAAGAAAUGACAGACCAAAGAGAAAAAGAAGAAGCUGGAGAAAAAGAGGCGUGGGGAGACCAGAUCAAAGAAUCGGACAAAGAAGAGGAACCACCAGCUGCUUCAUCCCAUGGCCAGGGGUGGCGUCCAGGUGGCAGGACAGCUAGGAACUCAAGGCCUGAACCUGGGGCCAGACCCCCUGCGCUCUCCACCAUGGUCAAUGACCCACCAGUACCUGCCUUACUGUGGGCCCAGGAGGUUGGCCACUGCUUGGCAGGCCGUGCCCGCAAGCUGCUGCUGCAGUUUGGGGUGCUCUUGUGUACCCUCCUUCUCCUGCUCUGGGUGUCUGUCUUCCUCUAUGGCUCCUUCUACUAUUCGUACAUGCCGACAGUCAGCCACCUCAGCCCUGUGCAUUUCUACUACAGGACCGACUGCGAUUCCUCUGCCUCCUUACUCUGCUCCUUCCCUGUUGCCAAUGUCUCUCUGGGUAAGGGUGGACGUGAUCGGGUGCUGAUGUAUGGACAGCCAUACCGCGUUACCUUAGAGCUUGAGCUGCCAGAGUCCCCUGUCAAUCAAGACCUGGGCAUGUUCUUGGUCACCAUUUCAUGCUACACCAGAGGCGGUCGAAUCAUCUCCACUUCUUCACGCUCUGUGAUGCUGCAUUACCGCUCAAACCUGCUCCAGAUCCUUGAUACGCUAGUCUUCUCUAGCCUCCUGCUGUUUGGCUUUUCAGAGCAGAAGCAGCUCCUGGAGGUGGAGCUCUACCCAGAAUACAGAGAGAACUCGUAUGUGCCGACCACCGGCGUGAUUAUUGAGAUCCACAGCAAGCGCAUCCAGUUGUAUGGAGCCUACCUCCGCAUCCAUGCCCACUUCACUGGGCUCAGGUACCUGCUGUACAACUUCCCGAUGACCUGCGCCUUCAUAGGUAUCGCCAGCAACUUCACCUUCCUCAGCGUCAUCGUGCUCUUCAGCUACAUGCAGUGGGUGUGGGGAGGCAUCUGGCCCCGCCAUCGCUUCUCUUUGCAGGUAAACAUCCGAAAGAGAGAUGGUUCCCGAAAGAAAGUCCAGCGAAGGAUCUCUGCCCGUCAGCCAGGAGGCACAGGGUCCCAAGGCCAGGAGGAGUCAACCCAGCUGUCAGAUGUUAGAGAGGACGGUGAGAGCCCUGAAGAUCCAGCAGGGACAGAGGGCCAGCUGUCUGAGGAGGAGAGAGCAGAUCAGCAGCCCCUGAGUGGAGAGGAGGAGCUAGAGCCGGAGGCCAGUGACGGUUCAGGCUCCUGGGAAGACGCAGCUCUGCUGACGGAGGCCAGCCUGCCUGCUCCUGCCCCUGCCCUCGCCCCAGAGACUCUCGGCAGCUCUGAACCCUCCGUGGGCACUUUGCGACAGCGCUCCACUUGCUCGAGUUCCUGAAGAGAACACGGCAGAGUCCCCACAUCCAGCCCUUUCCCACCUGCCCCCUUUCCUCUGGCUCCCCCCAAUAAACUAUUUUUGUGCCAGCA